GCCGCCCGCCGGGCCCCGCGGGCCGCCGCUCCGCGCCCCUCCGCGCUGCUCCUCGCCGCUCAGCGCCCCGCCCCGGCAGGGCUCCCGCCGGGGACGGCGUUGGCGGAGGACCUGUGAUGAUCAGCUGAGCCCGCUCCUCCUGCUCCUCCGGCUCCCUCGGCCUCCUCCUCCUCUGCCUCCUCCACUUCUCGCCGCCGUCCGGCGCCCCCAGCGCGCCCUACACCGCAGCGCCCCGCCGAGCCGCCCGCCCGCCCGCCCGCCCGCCCGCCCGAAGCAUGUCCAAGCCCAGCGACCACAUCAAGCGCCCCAUGAACGCCUUCAUGGUGUGGUCCCGCGGUCAGCGGCGCAAGAUGGCCCAGGAGAACCCCAAAAUGCACAACUCGGAGAUUAGCAAGCGGCUGGGCGCGGAGUGGAAGUUGCUUUCCGAGGCGGAGAAGCGUCCCUACAUCGACGAGGCCAAGCGGCUGCGGGCGCAGCACAUGAAGGAGCAUCCCGACUACAAGUACAGACCCCGGCGCAAGCCCAAGAACCUGCUCAAAAAGGACAGCCAGUUCAGCUCCAGCGCCAUUCAGAAGAUGACUGAGGUUCCUCACACCUUAGCCACCAGCACCCUGCCCUACGCCUCCACCUUGGGAUACCAGAACGGGGCGUUCGGCAGCUUGAGCUGCCCCAGCCAACACACCCACACUCACCCCUCGCCAACUAACCCGGGCUAUGUCGUGCCAUGUAACUGUACCGCUUGGUCUGCUUCCAGUUUGCAACCUCCAGUUGCCUACAUAUUAUUCCCAGGCAUGACCAAGACUGGGAUAGACCCCUAUUCUUCAGCACAUGCGACUGCCAUGUAACACCCACCCACACCCCCACAGGCGUGUGUGUGUCCCCGGGUGGCAGCCGGAACUGGGAUUCCUUCGUGUGCAUGUACAUAAACCCUGCAGGAGCAAAAGGCCACCCUGAAACAGGACUCUGCUGCCCGCCACCGGGCCGGGACAGACGCGGACACUGCCUCGGGGACUUGGAGAUGCUCUCGCCUAUAAACCUCGCCCUGAGAGCUGGCCCCAGGCUCGGGGGGGAUCUGCAAUGGCGGGGUCAGAUAGGAGCCCGGCACUUGUAAGAGUUGUAAAUGUGUUAAAAAAGGAAAAAAAGCAAGAAAAAAGCGAACCUUGAACUGCCCUUUCGGGACUAAGCGGGGGAGAAAAAGGAAAAAAAAAAAAAAAAGAGGCGGUUUCGAUUUUUAUUUAUUCUCUUAAUGUCUAUGAGUUCUCCAGGGUCUCAUGUCACUUGGACUUGACUUUGGGAUGUCCCGAUCUUACUCUGAUUAUUCCUUUUAUUAUCUUUUUCCUUUUGCACAUUAAAAGACGAGAUCAGCUGUGUUAUAUAUAUAUAAAUAUAUAUAUUUUGUCACCACGCACUACUAGGUAAAAUUGCUUUUCAUGUCAGAAAAAGGCUCUUCAAAGUUUAAAAAGAGAGAGGGAGAGAAAGGGAGAAACAUUUAUAUUUAAAGCAUAAGAUAGUGUUUGCUUAAUUUAAAACAAAUAGUCCUUGAUUUUGUGUGAUCCAGUGAGACUAGACCUAAGUUUACUUUAGACAGAGCGUCAGGUAUGAAGUCAGGCAGUAGAAUUGUAAAAACUUACUACUAAUAAUAAUAAUAAUAACGAAAAAAACGAGUAAAGACAGAGGGUAAUUUCAACAUGUUUUCACAAUGUCUUGGGGAAGAAGAAAAAGGGGAGGGGGGGGAAUAUGUAUCCGGCAGGAUUUUACCUCGUUAAACCUUUUCAUUUGUUGAACAAAAGACGUUUUGAAUAAAGACAAUCUGUCAUCGAACGGGGCAACUGCGUGGUGUAAAUGCGGUGCCUCGCCUCCCAGCCCCGCGUCCCGCACCGGCGAGCGCCGGGGGCUGCGGGCGAUGCUCCCAGUGGCAGGGCCGAGCUCCGCCCGCAGCCCCGCCGCUCGCUGCCACUCUCCCCGUCCCGACCCCCUACGUAGCCGAUCUCACCGGGUCGGGGCCGGUUUGGAGCCGAAAUGGCCGGGCCGGGCUCUGUUUGGAGCCCGUCGGGGAAAAUGCGGCUGUGGAGUAGGAAAACUUCCGAA